AUGGAGUGUGUCUCCGGGUCGGUGGGGGACCGGGAGCCCGAGGCAGGAGGCCGAAGGCUGCGACUGCUGUGCGCCGCGGUGGCACUGGGUGCGGCACCGCCGCCGGGGCGUCCCGGCGCCGCGCUGCCCGCGGGCGAGGGGGACGCGUACGGGGUGAAACUGUGCGGCCGGGAGUUCAUCCGCGCCGUCAUCUUCACCUGCGGCGGGUCCCGCUGGAAGCGGCUCUCCCUGCUGGCGGUGGAUCCGGCGCCCGCGGCCGGUGCUGCGCAAACAGCAAGUAACAAACUACUUGGAAGCUUCAACCUGCAAUCAGUUUUAGAUCCUGAAGUGGAACAGCUGCAGAGAAGCAGCCCAGUUCUUGGAUGGGAGACAUUUAAGGACUUGUAUAGUUUAAAUUACUUUAAUGAAUAUGUACCUGUGGCAGACAACUUCAAAGAACUUGUUCGCCAGGUAGAGGAAGGUGAUCAAAAGGACAGGGGAGGAACAGGAAAUGCAAAUCCCAUGGAAUCAAGCAGUUAUCUUUGGGCCAGGCUUCCGAGAAGAAAACGGGAGUCUCUGGGUUUGGCAGGAAUGUGUUGCAAAUGGGGCUGUACAAAAGCUGAAAUCAGUACUAUAUGCAGAGUUUAAAAUUCUCUCUGCACUUAUGCAUGCAAUCAAUGUUUGUUGCAGUGCUGUUUGAUUGAAUACUGUAUGGAGGAAGAAAACUCUCACUGUAUUUUAUCUUGUCUGUAUGUGCCAGUCAAUAUUGCUGGUUUUCUUUAAAAAAAAACACAACAAAAAAACCCACAAAUGUAAUUGCAAUGACUUUGUUUUGCUGCAGUAACUUCUAAUCUAUAUUUUUUACUAAGUCUUUUCAUUUUAAUGUUGAGCCUUAACAGUUAUAUUACAGAUGUAUUAUAUCUUUGUAACACUUUAGGAAGAAUUUCAGUAUUUCAUUAAAAUGUAAUUAUACUAAGUGUUAUGGAAUUACUCUUCGACUGUCAACAGGACAAACAUAGAAUGGCUUGUGUUGGAAGGGACCUUAGAGACCAUUCUAGUUCCACCCCUCUGCCAUAGACAGGAUCACCUUCCACUAGAUCAGGUUGCUCAAUGCCCCAUCCAAACUGGCCUUAAACACUGCCAGGCAUGAGGCACCGACAACUUCUCUGGGCAACCUGUUCCACCAUCUCACUACCCCCGCAGGGAAGAAUUUCUAACCUAAAUUUCUCCUCUUUCCAUUUGAACUUAUUACUGCUACUUGUGUCACUAAGUUUCUAAUGAAGAGUCCCUCUUCAGCUUCCUUGUAACACUCAACAAAAUUCUUGAAAGGGGGUCCAUGUUACAAAGCUCUACAGAAAGAAUAUUUUGCCAGUCGAAACUCCACUUGACACUGACUCAU